GUUUUUCCAUCAACUCUACAUGUAAUACGUUGUAUUUUCAAAAUACAAACAAAUAAACAGGCAUUAUGACAAGCGUUAUUGUAAAAAUUAUAAAUAAUUUUUUUUUUUAUUACUAUAGACAUAAUCUGUUCAAAUUUUUGGAAAAUAAAUUAAUUCAUCAUGUAUAAAAAGCGGAUGUUCUACCAAAUAGCUCUGAAAAUUUGUCCAUUUAUUGCUUUGCUAUUUAGUAUUCUUGUAACUGUUAUCACAUUUUAUAUAAAUCAGGGGCUCUCUUCACUGUUCAUUUUCAUAUCUAUUCAGGUUUAUUUGAACUGGUAUUCAAUUUACUCCAUCAGCUGUAAUGCCACGACUCUAAAACGUAUGAAUAGAGAACCUAAAAAUGACAGUGUAAUUUUAACAAUAAACUCUGAGUCUCAAUCUCCACAUAAAUUCAAAUAUUGGUACUGUGAAAAGUGUCUCAACUACACGUAUAGACCAACGCAACAUUGUAUAGGCUGCAACAAAUGUUUUCACUUCAGAGAUCAUCACUGCUUCUUCAUUGGUGCUUGCAUUAUUCAGCAAAAUAUGGGAAAUUUUAUUGUAAUAUGUUUUCAUGCAUCUUUAGCUUGUUUCUACUCGUUGUCAAUUUUGGGUCCUUAUUUAUAUGCAAAUUUAGAAGAAACAUUUAUAAAAGACCCAAGCGUUUUUAAUAUAAUUAUUAGUUUUUGUUUUCCAAUUGCAUUAGCUAGGUAUAUUUCGGGCAAAACUUCUUGUCUUUUAUUAGUAACAUUAUUUGAUGCUCUUUGGUCAGUUGGUUUACUUUGUUUCGCUUACUCAAUAUGGAAAUUAUACAGCUGUUUAACUGGAAAACAAAAAUAUUAUGGUGAAAUAUCUAGAAAACAAGAGUUGAAAGAAGUAUUUGGAAGUUAUAGACUUUGUAAUUUUUUAUUUCCGUAUAAUGGACUUGCCGGUACAAGAGAUGUAAAUGGAAAAUAUCAAUUGAAGGAAGUUUAGUUUUUUAUUUUCAAUCUUAAGAUGUAUAUUUAUGCUUACUGAAAUUAAAAUACAGUUAAAUUUGUAGAAUAUUUUUCUAUCAAUUAUCAAAUUUUUUACGAAACAUCUAUUCACUUUUUGGACUUUAAAACAAUCAUUUACAAUUAUCAAUCCGUUGUGAAAUAAAUAUAUGUACAUCUCACAAAUUUGAGCGUUUAUGAUAAUCAAAACGGAGUAAAUUUGAUUUAUAGAUUAAAUAUAAAAUUAAAUGCAUUGUAGCAUUUAAGUUCAUUCAGUCAUGUGCUAUGGUUUUCAGGUUAACAUUUGAUUAUAGUACUAUUGAGUAAACUUUACAAUUCAGUAUGGUGUAUAUGAUGAUUUUUGAAGUCAGAUGGAUUUAUAAACAAGCCUUCCAUAGCUUGCCACUGAGUAUGGCCACUUGAUGAGUGUUCUCCUACUACUUCAGCUUGCCCUGCGAUAGGCGACCCAUAAGUUCUACCACUGACUGAUAAAUAUCUGAAAAUAUCAAUAGAUAAUAUAGUACAUUGAGAAACUGGGAUAAUAACUAAAGUUAAGAAAUAAUGGUGAUUAUUUUGUAAUGUCAUGCUAGUUUAAUUGGGUUAACUUAAUAAAGCAUACGUUUGAGUAUCUAUA